UUCAAACAACAACAAAUUCUAUCUAGGAAGGAAUUUGAUUGAUUCUUUUCUUUAUUUAUUUGUCCCUUUUUUCGUUGAUUGUUUCAGGAGCGAGGGCAUUUUUAAAACCCAAGACCUGUAUGUCGUCAUUCCUUGAUGACUCAGCCGUCUCAAGAAAUAACGCAAUCAAAACAUCAUCAUGUUGACGAGGAGUAAUCUUUCUCCUUCCGGAGAACGCCAAAAUGACCGUUCUGGGAUGGUGUUGGUCGUGAAACCGUACGGCCGCGAGCGCUGCUCCGUUUGUGCAGCAGGUCUCCUACUAGCGACGCUUCUUUGCUUCCUUGGAAACCCCUCAGCGAAUUUUUGGGCUAGUGGUCGCAUCGGUGAUAAGCGGAAGAAGGACAUAGUUAUCAACGCGGCAGUGGGCCAGGAAGAGCCGGAUGGCGAACAGGCAGACUUCGCUCAGGAAGAUGAAGAACAAGCAGCACUCGGACCCGAGGAAGUGCAACCAGAACCUCAGUUUUUUCAUCUUCGCAGCGCCAAAAAAAGUUCGGGAUUUUCAUCCUUCCCCAGCCUUGUUUCCACUUCCGACAUGACCUCGUCCCUCGUGCAGCGAGCCGAUUUCCCCCGACACCUUCCUUGUUUAACCGGCGAUUGCCUCCCGCAAAACAGCAUCCAGGGGUACGGGCUUCCUGGUCGUGUGGAGAACCAUGCAGGUUCUACUUCAACAGCUCCACCCAUUUCAUUUACUGCAAGAACGGUGCGGAGGCCAGGCGCCGACGUGGAGGACAUGAGACUCUCGACGCAGGUUACGACCAUGGACUUUCGCGGGACACAGCAUUGGGACGUGCCCGUCGGCGGCAAGGACUACGUGGUGGUGCAUGUAACCCGCGACAAGGCCGGAGGCGAAAUUUCGGAAACAUGGUCGCACCUGCCGCGGUUCAGGUUGCCCCAUGAGUUGUUCAACCAUCAGCACUGGCAGAGCGCUGUGCAGAAGGGGGUUAGAUGGUUCGGAAUCUAUGGUCUCAACAAGACGGAAGAGGACGUCGAUCUCCGAGAGGUGGUGAUUUGGCACAGCGAGGCGGGUGGGCGCGAAUGCAAGGAGCAACCGCAUCAGGUGUUCAUGGGGUAUAUCCAGCCAAACGGACCGCCUCCGUGCACGCAGCCAAGCAUGGAACCGAUCCCGAGUGCCUGGUCCACCCUCCUGGGAAGCGAAACAAACAGCGCAACCAACGCCCAUGACGGAAAGCCAAGAAGCGAGGGAAAUCACAUGGAGCUAAAGUACGAAAAUAAAACAAUCAAGGACGGGCUCAUAAAAAUGGACAUCUUAAACUUCACUGUCCUGACAGUGAGCGAAGGCGACAAUUUUGAUUGGGGCCUGCGUCGUAACCAUUGGGCCCAUCUGCGAGGCUUCGAACUGCCCGAGGCAUUUCAGCAACAGGACGUCGUUACAUCUGCAGAGACUCAGCAUCCAGGCCGUUAUAUCUGGUUUGGAGUGUGGUCGCCUUUUUUCCCCGGUCUUGACGAACUCGAGCCGGCUAUGCGGGAGUUCACGGGCCAGUACGAACUCGUGGUAUGCAUUGCAAAUAUGCCCUCUGGGUAAGGAACGUUGUGAACUAACUUGUGAUGCUCUCUGUCCUGCAUCUUCACACGAAAAUCUGUAAUUCGUAGCGUACCCGGUCAGCAAAAAGAAAAAAACAUAGCUCCGAGGCCGAUCCACAUGAUGAUGAUGAUGAUGAUGAUAAUGAUGGUCUCGAUGUGUAACAAAACCUGUCCACAUCAUCACAUCAACUUUUGGCCACGUACUUGAAAGUCAAAGUCGUGCAUUGCUCAUGCGUAAUAGGCAUAGCAAAGGUGUUGCAGAUGAAGCAGUACCUGCAUGCCUUCCAGACCCAGACAUAUUUGCAUUCGAUAUGUGGUCAUGUGGCACAACAUCAAGGAUGGCACCGAAUGCAUCGACUUUAGAACAGAGCCAAGAUACAGCGAUCCCUGCGAUACGGAAACCGCUCGACCAAUUCCCGAGUCCUGGACGAGAGGUUUUGCCUUCGAGCCGAUCCAGUUCGUGAAUGACACAGUUCUUGCUGCGCUCGAAGCGGAGAUGCGACCGCCCGGCCAGAAAAAACCGUGGGUCUACACAAACGAAACAGUUCGCUGGUAUGGCAAAACUGACUACGUAACGACGACGGAGUGGGAAGGAGACAACUACGGCUGGGGGCAUCGCCGGACGUGGUGGGCGCACUUACCUACGUUUCAGUUCCCGAAGUCAGUCGACCGACAGGAGGUCCAAGGGUUUCGAGAAAAAAACGGCGGGGCGGUUUGGCUCGGUUUGCGCGCUCAUUUUGGUGGAACCCGCGACAACACUCUUCUUGAAGUGAGAAGGCCCGCAGACACCAUGGUCAUCAUCUGGCACAACGAAGCCACCGGGGCCGAAUGCGUCGAGUUCGACAGGGAGUCAAAGUACGGCGGGCCGUGCUUGUCGCCACGCGCCCGACCGAUUCCCAGCUCGUGGAAAAAAGAAGCAUCCGGUGUGUCGUUUUCGCAAAAGGCCAGUCGGGAUUCAACCACCAGCUUCCAGCUCAACCCCCCGUCGCCCUCUCUACUGCGAGGUGGAAAAACUACGGCCUCAGUGUCCUUCGUGCAGGAAGAAAAAACGGGACGCAAAAAAGAACAACAGGGUUACAGUUCCGGCAGCACGUCCUGUGGGUCCAGUGGAGAGGACGUUUCCUCCCCUCGCAGCUCCAGCUCCUUUGCGCAACUACAACAAGGGACGACGACACUGUCCGAUGCUGAAAGCGCGGCGCAACAACUGGAAGCUUUGCAAGAUGUGCGGGAGCAGGCACAUCAAAAGGGGUUCACGGUUGACAAAGACGGGCACGUCAGUGCCUUGGCGAGUGGAGGAAGCAGUAACGGGGUCCCCGAUUUGGAUUAUAUCGCAAGAAAAACUGUCUCAGUCUCAACUUGUCAUGCGGAAUUCCCUUGAGACAGUUAGUUUUUUUUUUUUGCCAUGCUCGACAUGCAAGAAACGCGUCUUUCGUAUGUGUUUUCCCUUGUAGAAGUGUCUACGCAUCUACUUCACAUCAACAUGCUGAGCAAAAAAAUUGUAGUGCUGAGUCUGCAAAGGUUCGAGACUAAGACAGUUUUUUCUCACGAAAGCCGACUUUCCGAUACCGAUAGACCGCCGGUACUACCAGUUCGAGCAAAUCGAGAGCCGAAUCGCGGAGGAGAAACUGGAACAAGAACGUGCCGACCGCUUGGUGGAGCAGAGCCUCGUCCACGGGGGAGUAGCUGAGCAGAGCCGAUCCACUGAUGAUUCAUCAUCAUCAUCAUCAUCAUCAUCAUCAGCGCAUGAUGAGCAGGAUGGUGCUGGGCACAGCCCGGUCGCGGCUCCUUUGCAAGGUUCUUGGACCACGACCACCAGGAACACACCCUGUGGUUGCUUCACCGCCGAAAAUUAUGGUGAGAGCGAGAGGCAUGUAUUUUUUUUGCGAUGUGUUUUCGGUUUUACAUCGUACAGAAUACAUGCUUACGGAGUAUACUGGAGGAGAACGGCCGCAGAUUCGUACACUGUGCAUCGUACAUCAUGCACGCAGUGUACUAGGGUGGGUCACGUACUAGGGUAGGGCACAGUGUACAGGUAAAGCCUCCAAUGUACUUUGUAAGCAUGUAUUCUGUACGAUGUAAAACCGAAAACACAUCGCAAAAAAAGCGCAUGCCUCUCGCCCCCACCAUACCCGUUGCUUCGGGUGCCAGCACAGCACCUGGAACUCUCUUCCACAGGACGACUCCUUUCCAUCGUACGACUCGGACGACGGAUACGUGUCGGAUAUUGGGCACCGCCCGGGAGUUCCAGUGUACCUGGCCGGGAGAAGUAAAGGACCCUCGUCUAGGUCCUCGGGACUCGGUGGUGCAAUUUCGUCCUUCGGGGGGAGACGCUGAUGAAUAAAACGUUGACUGUGGAGGUGGAAGGAGCAGCUUCGAAUGAAUUUCAAUUUUUUCGAUCUAUUUGUAUUUCGUCGAUUCAGGAAAUCGAAAUUCCGAAGACCAAAGCCGUUGACUAACUGCGACCAGUAGAGUCGUCAUUUUCUGUCUUCCUCUUCCUUCUCCUGAAGAAGAAGAUUAAGAUUUAGUAUGCGCGACUUCGCGCUCGGGCUUCGUCUUCCGCUUCCCACUGACUUGGAGGACUUGCACUAGCUUACAAAUGAAACAAAAAUAUUACAAUUGUCUUUGACGAAUCUAAUCAGCAGCACCAGAAUUACAGCAAAGACGCUGAAAUUUAUGCCUCGUAUGUUGGAAUAGCCGUACCCGUAUGUUUCUACAUUGUAAUUUUUUUUCGAUUUCGAUUUCGUUUUCUUGUGCUGAUGAUCUUCUACCGAAUUUGGUUUUUUGAUGUUUGUUGUGACUACUCUCAGUUUGAUGUCAAUAUGUAAAAAAAAUUAAUGUCCUGUUCGAACGUAUCCUUCUGCGACUCUAACCAGAUCCAAGUGAGCGUGAUGUUCUUAUUCAUUCAUAAGUUGUUUUGGUGACGAGCACAAGUUUAGAAAAAAAUCUGGCAAAGAGGUUGUGUUAGUUGU